UCGGCGUCGAUGCUGGACGUCGCGCUGCAGCGGGACGUCGAGGGCGACCUGCUGCUGGCGGACAUCGGGCAGGGCGUGCCGUUCCGCGCCGGCACCUUCGACGCCGCCGUCAGCAUCAGCGCCAUCCAGUGGCUGUGCAACGCCGAGACCAGCGACGUGUCGCCCGCCGGCCGCCUGUCGCGCUUCUUCAACGGCCUGUACGCCAGCCUGAAGCGGGGCGGCCGCGCCGUCUGCCAGUUCUACCCCAAGAACGACGAGCAGAAGAAGAUGAUCACGAGCGCCGCCGUGCGCGCGGGCUUCGGCGCCGGUCUGCUGGAGGACGAUCCCGACACCAAGAACGUCAAGGUGUACCUCGUGCUCACGGUUGGCGGCGGUAACCUCGACGGGAACGGAGGCGAUAUCACGGGGGUGGUUAAGGGUAUGGAGGGUGUCGAUGUGCUAGAUUCGAGACAUAGCAACCGCAGCGGGAAGGGCGAGAUCAAGAAGGGGAGUAAAGCAUGGAUUAUCAAAAAGAAGGAGCAGAUGGAGCGGAAAGGAAAAAUCGUCAAGGCUACAUCCAAGUAUACGGGACGGAAGAGGCGGGUUGCUUUUUAAGUUUCGAACGAUAUCCUCUUUCUUUUUUUUCAUUGCAUUGCGUGGCGUAUUAGGAGUUCUGGAGUUGGGGCUGGUCAAGAAUUAAAGUCGAUUUUGACAAUUUUGUCUAUGCUUCUACGAGUGUCCCUUGUAACACGCUGCUGAGAAACAUAAAAGGCGUCUUAUUAACAUCCUUCAAAAUGAAGCCCUAUGGUCAAAUCUGCAUGUGUCAUCUAAUAUCAGAUGCCUACCUCCUUAUCUUACAUAGUUGAAUACCCAACCUUAGGUACCUAGGUAGGUACCUAGGGUAUACCAUGCUUGGUCUUACAUGUAUAUCAGGAGACAUUUCGAGAAAGCU